GCGAGGGCAGCGCGGCGGGCGGAGCGCGGACGGACACGGCUCAUAGCGCCGGGGCUGUGACGUGCCCUUCCUCUUCCGGCGGAGCGCGCGGCGGGUGCGGGCGCGCGCGGGGAGGCUGCGCUGCCAGCGCCAUGGCUUGCGCUCGACCGUUGAUAUCCGUCUACUCGGAGAAGGGAGAAGCCUCGGGCAAAAAUGUCACCCUGCCCGCUGUGUUCAAGGCUCCCAUCCGCCCUGAUGUAGUGAACUUCGUUCACACCAAUUUGCGCAAGAACAACAGGCAGCCCUAUGCUGUCAGUGAGCUCGCAGGUCAUCAGACCAGUGCCGAAUCUUGGGGUACUGGGAGAGCCGUUGCUCGUAUUCCUCGAGUGCGAGGUGGUGGAACUCACCGCUCCGGCCAGGGUGCUUUUGGAAAUAUGUGUCGUGGAGGUCGCAUGUUUGCCCCAACCAAGACUUGGCGGCGUUGGCACCGUAGAGUGAACACGACUCAGAAGCGUUAUGCCAUCUGUUCUGCUCUGGCAGCAUCCUCUCUUCCAGCUCUGGUCAUGUCUAAAGGCCACCGCAUUGAGGAGAUUCCUGAACUUCCUCUGGUUGUUGAGGACAAAGUUGAGAGUUACAAGAAAACCAAGGAAGCUGUUCUUCUCCUGAAGAAGCUUAAAGCUUGGAAUGACAUCAAAAAGGUUUACGCAUCCCAGCGUAUGAGGGCUGGAAAGGGAAAAAUGAGGAAUCGCCGACGCAUCCAGCGCAGGGGUCCGUGCAUCAUUUACAAUGAGGACAAUGGUAUCAUUAGAGCUUUCCGGAACAUCCCAGGAAUUACUCUUCUGAAUGUGAACAAGCUGAACUUGCUGAGACUCGCUCCCGGUGGCCACGUUGGGCGUUUCUGCAUUUGGACAGAAAGUGCCUUCCGCAAGCUGGACGAUUUGUACGGCACCUGGCGCAAACCUGCAACGCUGAAGAGUGACUACAACCUACCGAUGCAUAAGAUGACCAACACAGACAUUGGAAGAAUCAUGAGAAGCCAGGAAAUCCAGAAGGCCCUGCGUCCUCCAAAGAAGAAGAUCCACCGUAGAGUCCUGAAGAAGAACCCGCUGAAGAACCUGAGGAUCAUGAUCAAGCUGAACCCAUAUGCCAAAACGAUGCGGCGCAACACCAUCCUGCGCCACGAGCGGAACCACAAGCUCAAGGAAGAGAAGAGAGCCAAGACCCGGGCCAAGCUCGCAGCUGCAGCGAAGGCCAAGGCUAAGGCUAAGGCCAGGGCUGCAGCCAAGACCGCAACCAAGGCCCCAGCCAAAGCCCCGGCCAAAGCCCCGGCCAAGGCCCCGGCCAAGGCCCCGGCCAAGGCAGAAGCGUAAGCCCAGUGCUGUGCUUCGUCUGCAGGUGUUUGGAAAGCUGUACUGUGGAUUUGCCACCAAUAAAUCCUGUUCGAACAGA